AGCUCGUUUUUGCUGCACGGGGCAGUUCCGCCGCGCCCGUGUAACGCCGAAUUACUUUUGCUGCCGUAGCACUGCAGAUAGGCACGAUGUCAUAUAUGGCGGGAUCUUCGCCAUGUGGAGUCUUGAAUGCACAGGCCCCUGCAACAUUCUAUGUUGCGGCUGCAGCGCCAAUGAAUGCGGUGCAUGGGAGUCAAAUGAUGUAUCCUCAGCCCAUGGGUUUUAUGGCCAUGGUGGCUCCGCCUCUGCCGGAAGGCAUCAUGGCCCAGCCAUGUGGUUCCAUCCCUGCAGCAAAGGCAAAAGCCAAAGCUGUUCCUAAAAAGAGGAUCCGAGAUGAGCCACAGAGCCGGCGUUCCAAGGAGGAUGCUGAGGAUGAGGUCUCCGGUCGAGGCGUAAUCUCCUUGCUUCAGGAGUUCGUACAAUGUUCCAAGAACUUUCCGACACCUCAACACCGGCCCAUCCUCCAGUGGACGUUUGAUACCCACAUGGCUGACAACACCAAUUUGGAAUUUCGAGCGCAGGUCUCUUUCCUUUUGGAUGGCGUGCCGCAUCACGUGGCCGGCGCAUGGCAGCAGUCGAAGAAACUCGCGCAGCGAGACACCGCAGAAAGAUGCCUAGGUCUCUUUGUGGGCUGCUGGGGUACCUACCUGCUGCAAACCACGGAGAGUAGUGAUGCUGCAGUCGACAUGCAAGACGAUCCAGUCCUGGCGCUCCAGAAGUUCUGCAGCUCCUUCCGACCGUGCAAUGGACAGGGGCCCACAUGGUGCAUCGAUAUGGAGGCUGGAAGGUGCAAAGCCACAGCAGAGAUCACUUUGUUGGGAGUCAGGCACAGCUUUGCAGGUUCCCCGGCGCAGCACGCGUCGGAAGCGAAGGAGGAUACGGCCAAGCGCGUUUUGUGGUACCUGCAGUGCCCUGGCUAUGAAAACCUCUUUGAACCCGAUGUACAGGGGGUGGCGGCCGUGGCCAAGGAGAUCCCGACGCCGCCUUCAAAUUGGGUGAAUCUUUCAGAGGACGACGAGUCCGUCCAGGCAGCCGAGCGUAAAACCGCUGUAAUGCGGCUGCAAAAUCGUCUGCAACAGAGCUUUGCCAAGAAACUGAAGCCAGGGCAAGGAGUAUGGGAAUGGUCCUACGAAACGGACGCCAGUGAUGAGAACUGGCCGCCCCUGCAGCGGGCCACCGUUUGCGUCCCUGUGGCGCACCAAUCCUUCACAGGGCCAUGGAAGCGUGGUCAACGAGAAGCACAGUUGGAGGCCUGUCAGAUGCUUCAAGGCUUCCUAGACUCCUUGGAACGACCUGAGGACGCUCUUUUGAGCGGCACCUGCCAAUAGUUUGUUCAGCUGAAGAGCUGCGUGCACGCGGUCCUUUUCGGUCCCAAUUUGGCCAGAUCGUACAGAUGCCUGUUGUCCGAGAGAUUCGCAGGACUGGCAGAUGAAUAUCUAUCAGGAAGUUUUGUCCCCAAAGUCAGGUUGGGACGCUGCAACGAAUGUGCUUAUGACUUAGGCCCGUAGAUUUCGGAAGCCAAUGUAAAGCCUGGGAGCUUGAUCUUUGGAACGGCUGGAACCCAACCUUGUGAUGAGGCAGGCGCUCUGAAGAAACUUCCGUGACUGGCCCGUUGGCCAAUGUGAUUGAAAAUGUCUUCGGAAUUGGGGCCUUGAUUUUUGCAAUGUGUUUU